CACAGCUUUCCAUAUCUUGUCACCCUUUCAAAAAAAUUCCCCUAUCCUCCUCAGACAUCCAAGAGUUCGAAAGACAAGAAGCCUCUCUCUCUUCCAAAACCAAACAUAUCCACGAAAAAUGCGUCUCACUCUUGUUGCCGGAGCCUUUCUCCUGAGUGCUUCCAUCUCAGAAGCGCGUUCUACCGCUCCCAGUAGUCCUGAGAAUGCUCGUACAACGCCGGUUAGACUAGAAGCUCUCAACGUGCGUAUUGGAACGCCUAUCCGUAUUUCCAAGAGGGCAUCUGUCCAAGGAGGCGAUUGGAACACAAGCACAACACAACAAGAUACACUGCCAAAAGUAGACGGGGCCGACUCAACAUCCACCCAGUCCGAAGCUCAUGACACACCCAUCGAUACUGAUCACCCAUCCACCAAAGCCCAUGAUCCCCCCAAGACAUCCCAUCCCAAGCAUACUAGUGACGGCUCGCGGGUUCAUGAAUAUUCUCAGCAUUAUUCAAAACGACGAUCAACAUUAUCGGCCGGGUUCAGGACUACAAUUCCUUCCGUACCAGCAGCAGUUCAGGAGCCACUUGCCUCGGGUAAUCAUUAGGAAAGCUGUCCAAUGUUUACAUCUCCUCCUAGUUAUUUCAGUGCUAUUAAACCUAGUCACUUCAGAACAAAAUAAACCAAAAAAAAU